GACAAGAUGCUUCGCACCCCCAAGUGCUCAAGGUGCCGGAACCAUGGCUAUUUGGUACCAGUCAAGGGCCAUGCGGGCAAAUGCCGCUGGAAGCAAUGCAUCUGUGACAAGUGCUACCUGAUCACCGAGCGCCAGAAGAUCAUGGCUGCCCAUAAGGUGCUCAAGACCCAAGCUGCCGAGGAGCAGGUGGCGACCAUGGGCACCCAGGGUCCCCAGCUGCCUCCUAGGGCUCCGGCGGCUGCGGCAGCCACCGCCUCGAGCUCCAGCAUUUGCCCACUGCCUAGAGUGGCUCCGGGAGGUGCUGGGCCAGGCCCCGCGGCCACCUGCUUCUUCGAGAGGCCCCCGCAGGCCCAGAGCCCAGGCCCGAGCAUCUUCCAGCUGGUUCCAAGUGGCCGCCCGGGCCCCAGCACCUUCCAGCCUGGAUCGGGGAGCCCAGGGGGACUGCACGAUCGUCCCCCCGCGUGGCUGCCCCAGCUCAGGUCGCAGGCGCCCAGGCCCGAGCUUUGCUGCCCGAAUCAGCACCUGCCAGUGCGGCCCGUGCCCCGACUGCCGUUCGCCGACUACGGGCACCCUCUGAGAUUCAAGUCUGAUCAUGCAGUAGGAGCAGGAUACCCUGAGAGAGAGCCAUUCAAGCACUGCCCUGCCUGUGUUCCUGUGCCACCUUACCAGCCCUUCCCACUUUCGGAAGGCCAGGAUUCAUCCUCUGCUCUGGGGGUCCCUCAACAAAGAGGCUUCCGGCAUGUCUCCUGCAGCCCCUACCAUGGAAGCUGCUUGGUGUCAGAGCCGGCCCAAGACAUGCAGCCAACCUACUGCUCACCACCACCACCACCGCUGCCACCUCCCCCACCCCAGCCACCGCAGCCCCACUUCCUCCCACCAGGCUACCUCUCUGCUCUCCACUUCCUACCACCGCCACCACCACCACCAUCUCCACCGUCUUUCUCACUGACCAUCCUGUAUGAUACAGACAAGAAGAAUACCAAUGACCAGGACGCAGAAGAGCCCAGUGAGCCCGGCCAGCACUCCCCCGAGGAGCAGUCCAGCUAA